CCUGUAUUGUUUAUUGAGAUUUGUCUAGUUUAUAGAUCUAUCUAACAGUAGAUCUGUAGAUUUUUAAAUACUUUUCCCUUUGUAUGUUGUGGUUGUCUUUUCUUUUUUUUUUGCUUCUUUCAGUUUGAUAAUUCCAACUCUGUCUAUGAUAGAAAUUUGUGCCAUAACUGUUGAAUUCUUGAAUUUUAUUACAGUAGUGAAUUAAUUAUUUAACAGUAACUCUGUCCAUAGUGCUGGUUGCAUGGCAGAUUUAUAGCAAUUCACUAGUAAAAAUGCAUUCUAGCAUUUAUAGUAACAGAUUUUUCCUUAUGAAAGAGUGACCUAAUUGAAAGCUUAUAUAAAAAUAAAACAUUUGGAGGUAUUUUAUUUAACAAAGUAAAAGAUGUGGAAACUUCCUGCAAGUAUACUGUCAUAAGACAUUUAAACAAACAGCCUGCAGUAUCAGAAUUUCAUAACAGAGUCUUCCACUGCUGCUCAGAGAAUGUUUGUUUAUAGCUGCUACAAACGAUGCCACAGGUGAAUCCCAAGAGGAAGACAGACAAAGUGGAGAGGACACAGUGCCUUUGACCGCAGGCAGGACUAACGAGGAGAAUGGAGAAGAAGAGCCAAAUGUAGAAGCUCCCAAGAGAGAAUGUGACAGUGCAGUUGUAGGUGGGAGUAAUGGAAACGGGGACCAAGAGAAAGAGAUUGAGACAAAAGAAGAAAUGGAGGAGAGUGAUGAGAAGGCAAAGGAGAUCAACACAAAUGAAACAGGAAAUGAAGAUGUCAGGGAGAAUAAAGAGAAUGUUGAACAGGAAAAAGAGAGCAGUGAAGCUGAAAUGAAACCUGAUGAAAAGUCUGUUAAAGAAGAGAAAACAGAAGAGAAUAAGGACACUGUUGUCUCUGAAAACCUGGCUCCAGCGGCAGCAGAGACUGAACCGAAGGCCAAAGAUGAAGCGAAGGCUGAAGCAAAGAAAGCAACCACCAGAGAUAAACAAGAGAAGACUAAAGGAAAGAGUGGAGUUGCACCUUCCUCCUCUGUUUCCCGACCCUCCAUGCAGAUGUCCUCUCGUCAGCGGAGUACCAGGCCUUCAGCUAGAAGAGAUGCCAUGGCAAAGUUUCAACAAGAUUCGACUCCAGGGGUUCGCAACUUUAAGGUGCAAAAGACAUCUGUAGGCGCAUCUGCUGGUGCAUCCAUCAAACAGAAGAUCCUCCACUGGUGUAGCAGCAAAACAAGGGGCUAUGAGGGUGUAUCCAUAGAUAACUUUUCCUCCUCCUGGAGCGACGGCCUGGCCUUCUGUGCACUUGUUCACCGCUUCUUCCCCUCUGCUUUUGAAUUCUCCUCCCUCAAAGCCAGUGAGAGAGAGAAGAACUUCACCCUGGCCUUCAGCAUGGCUGAAUCACUAGCUGGCUGCUGCCCUCUCCUGGAUGUAUCAGACAUGGUACUUAUGGGGCGCAAACCAGAUCCUUUUAGUGUUUUCACCUACGUUCAAUCCCUCUGCCAGCACCUCUCCAAAAUAGAGCAAGAAAGGAGAGAGCAAAAAAAGGCAGAGGAAAGCAAGGAAGAGGUAAAGGGUAAAAACGAGGCUGAACAUGGAGAAGAAGCAGAUGAACAGAAGACCGGAGGAACUGUAGAGGAAGAAGGAAAAGUAGGAGAGGAGACUGAACCGAAGAGUGGAGAAGAACAAGAAAAGGAUGUGGAGGAGGAUGAAGGAGAAGGAGAUGGAACUGCAGAUGAGGAGAAAGGUGGCACUGAAGAAGAAAGCAGCAAACAGGUGGAGACUGAUCAAACUGUCAGUGAGGAGAACGCAGACCUUGCAACUGAGACUUAAAUAAAGUAAAUUGAGAAACACAUUGCACAAGAUAGCAAAUUUCUCACAGCAUUAAUCCUAUUGAGGUGAAUUUAUUUUGCAAAGAGUGUUGACUGUUGUAAACGGCUUAGCUGUAAUUAUCUAUCGUAUGCUACCACAUAUGGGAAAUGUGUUAUUCUGAGAGUUAAUAAUAUAUCUAUUUUUUUUAUAUGUCAAUAAACUCAUGUUAUAAUAGAUUUUAA